UUAGAAAUUAUUUGGCAAAUUCCGUCUUAGGUCACACUCUCAUACGACUUCAUAUGCUAACUGUUCUUGCUCAUCCAUGCGUGUUACAAAAACAAAUACCUAGCAAUUGUUGGAAGAUUCCUCUUGACAAAGAGAUGACAUAUUGAACCAGUGACAUGGACUCAUUUCCCCACAUACUACUCGAGGUGUUAAAAAUGAUAAUUGGUCUCGAAGUGAAGUGGCGGUGAUUUUCGCCGUUAGUUCAUCUUUAGUUGCCUUGCGGUCAACCUUCGGUGAGAGUGAUAAACAUAUAAUAUAACCUUGGGAACUACGCGUGCGGUGAAAAGAUGGUGCUGAAAUCAGUUCUUCACAACUAUACAGGUUUUUUGGUAAUCAUCCAAUGUUGUUCCAUCGCCGCUUUCGGUACGAAGAAUUUUGACUGUGGUCCGUAUGGUUUCGUAUGCGAAGGCGCCAGCAAGCUGCGGAUCUGUGAGGGCGAGAACCUUCUCGGUCCCGCGUUCCUGUGUCCGCCCAACUCGAGGUGCAAUGAAGAUUCCAGUGAAGUCUGCGAAAGCACUCACAACUACAUGGAUCAUUCCCUAACAAAAAAUAUCCGCUGUCACAAAAACGAGAGGAUUGCUGAUCCUAACGUCCCAGGGUGUAAAGGCUACAUUCUGUGCAUACCCAACAAAAACAGAUUUCAAGGAAUAAAAUUCAAGUGCACCGGUAGUACUAUAUUUAACGGGUACACUCGUACUUGUUCCGCUCCAAGUGAAUACAAAUGUCCCAUAGAGAAUGUGACAAAACCACCCCUAGACUUGUUCGUAGAAGAAAAUCGUAGGAUUGACAGUGACCCGCACAGGAACGCACCUCAGCGGCCUAGACCUCUAGAAUGCAAGAACUACAAGUUCAGUGUAACAGAUGCCAAUGGACCGGUACGCGCGGCGUACUUCUGCCCGCCAAGGCCGAUCAGAGGAGAAACUAACGUGAGAUGUACCAUAUUCUCCAGCAAAUUUUGUAUCACGCUAGAGAGAGAUGAUAGCGACCAAUUCUCACAAACUUACGGAGUGGCAUAUAGAAAACCAAGAAAGUAAAUAUAUAAGUACGAUACAUUAAGACUGAGUAGGUGUUAUAAUAGUUUAACCAUUAACCAGUUUGAUAUUGUUAGUUUUUAAAGCGGUAUUUGUGAAUAAAAGACUGCAUGGA